GGAGUCCCGCGGGGCGGUAUAUUCGAAAAGCUCAAAACUUUUUGUGUGUAUUUUCACUCUUCUUCUGGGUUCCCCCCAUCUUCUUCCCAGUGCUCGGACGUCUAAUCCAUGGAAAGAAUGGCUGAUUCCGAGGUUUCCCACUCUUCGGAUUCGUUCUCGCUUCCUUCAGAGCCUCCUGAUUUAAGGAACUGGUUUUCUAGCUACCAAUAUGACUCUUUCGUUCUGGAUACUUGCGACGACGCAUUCAAAAGCCGAGGUCAGAAAGAUCCCUCUAUUGUUGAUGUUGCAGACAAAAUCAGGGCAAAUGAAGAUGAGAAUUUGAGUGAACGCCUGGAAACUGGUGAAUGCGGCGAAGGGAGUGAGGCUCCGGAAUCUACAUACUCGCCAGCUUUCCUUAAUGAACUUAACCACCCAGAAAACUGGCUUUCUAGCUAUGUAUCUGACUCUGGUGGGCUGGAUCAUGAUGGAGAACUUGAGACGCCUGCUAUUUGGGAAAGUCAAGGCAACGAAGGUGCCUUUAUCGAGGAAGGCAUCAACAGAGAACCACAUUUUGAGAAUUCGAAGGAGAAAAGCGAGGUGGCGCUUGAAAAGCCACCUUCCUCAGAUGAGGUAAUCGCAAAUGAGUUCCAAUAUAGAGAAGGAAAUGAAGACAGCCCUUUGGGGCCAGAACCUUCAUGCUCGCCACCAUUCCUUAAUGAACCUGAACACCCUGAAAACUGGAUUUCGAGCUAUGUAUCAGACUCUGGUGGGUUGGAUCCUGAUGAUGAACUUGAGAGUGCUGCUGUUUGGGAAACUCAAGGAAGUGAAGAUGGCUUUAUCAAGGAACACAGUGAGACUCUUGUAAAGCUGCCUCUGUCAGAUGAGUACUUCGUAAAUGAUUGCAAGUUGGGCGAAGCAAAUGUAGACAGCCCUUUGACAAUGGUCAGUCCUUUGUUUCCCUCCAUCUUGAACCACAUGCAAGUAUGCAACACUACACAGAAUGGUCAUUCUUUUGCCUUUGAAGUAUGCUGCUUGUGGCUUAUGUUGUGUUGUUCUUGAAGUUGUUAAUGAGCUUUAACAAAACGUAAGGUGGUGAUUGGACCAACUCUUGACCAAUGUUCAUUGUUUCAGGAUCCUCUUUCCCAGUCACCAUCAGCACUCCUAUCUGAGCCACCUGACAUUAGGAACUGGUUCUCCAGUUAUGCAUACGAAUCUCCUGCGCCGGUAGAAGAAUGCAGUCCAUGCGCCAAAUCUGAGUUGCAACAUACAGACGACCUUAUCAUUAACGGAGAAGGAAAUGAAGUUGGAGAACUGAAAUCUCAAUGCAUAGACAUGGAUCAAGGGAACAUUGAUAGGGAAUUCAAACUCGAUGCCCGUUUGCAUUGUAACAGCUCCUCAAGAAAUAAUAACCACAGCCACCUCCUGCAUUCAGAUAUGAGCAUCCCCAAGGCCAUGAAGAGCCUGGAAUCCUACAAGAUUCAUAACAGUAACAAGAAAUCUCCAACUAAGUUGACUCCUGGUGUAGAUGCACAUUCAUUUGAGGAGUCAAAAGCAGCAGAAUCAGAUGAAAGCAAUGCCAAGUUGAUUGCAGAAUCAAACAAUGGAAGCAACAUUACCGAUCAUGAAGCAAAAAAUGCAGCUUCUUCUGCAAGUGGGUUUGUGGCAACAAGGAAGAAGAACAGGAUCACAGGACUGAACUACGACGAGAACUCCUGUCCAGGAUCGAGGAUUGUUGCACCGAAAGGCUUCAAGAGUGAGAGGAGGAAGAAUUUUUCAUCAUCAUAUGACAAUGCAGCGAAGGAUGAUUCAUCGGGAAACAGAAAGGCGCUAUCUGAAAGAAGUCCAAAUGUUGUGCAGCACAGUGAGAUCACCGGGAAGUGGAAAUGCCCUCAGAGGAGCAAGCCUGUCAUGGGACCUCCAUUGAAGCAACUUCGACUGGAAAAAUGGGUGACUAGGCAGCUGUAGACCUUUUUGAUUGCUCUUCUCAUAAUUGAUAUUUGGUUCCAUAUUUGUGGGUGAAAAAGAAAAAAUUUUAAAAACAUUGGGACACGGGGAUUGAACCCGACGUGAAUCGAACACGCAACCUUCUGAUCUGGAGUCAGACGCGCUACCAUUGCGCCACGGAUCCCUUUGAUGCCUUAGUUGCCCUCAGCAACAUAAACUAAUUCUAACUAUUCAACGAAUAGAGUGGACAGAUUUUGUGAAAUUGUCAAUUGACGAAUUGCAAGAAUGUCAAGGCGCUGCUAGCU